UGAGAGUGUGUCGUCGAUGGCGGUGGCCAGGCGGUUGUGCUGCUCCCAGGCCGCCGGCGGGGGGCCCUUGCUGCGGGAGCCGGGGCGGCGCUCCCCCGACUCGCUGCUGGACAUCACGGCCAAGAUCGUCGCCGAGAACAUCCCCUUCCAGCGCAUCGAGGAGCGCUACGACCGCAUCCCCGAGCCGGUGCAGCGCAGGAUCAUCUUCUGGUCGUUCCCGCGGAACGAGCGCGACAUAUGCAUGUACAGUUCGCUGUCGCGAGUGCCCCCGGUGAACGCCGCCGCCGCCGGCGGCGGCGAGCCGCAGAACUUGUCCUUCUGCAAGGGAUUAAAGCUCCUGGAGACCGGCUGCGUGGACAGCGUCCUCCAAGUCGGAUUUCACCUGAGCGGCAUUGUGACCGCGUCCCGUACUCUGCCCCUUCAGACGACGUUGCCUUGUGGAGCUCAGGAGCCACCUCAGAAAUUCAAAGUGUCUGUGAGUUUUGACAGAUGCAAAAUCACCUCCGUGACCUGCAGCUGCGACACAAAGGACAUCUUCUGGUGUCAGCAUGUCGUGGCGUUGUCUCUCUACAGAAUUCGAAAUGCGGAGAGCGUUCGGCUGCGAGUUCCAAUUUCAGAAACUCUGCUCCAGAUGGACCGCCAGCAGCUGCAAAAGUUCGUUCAGUACUUGAUCUCGGAGCACCACACGGAAGUGUUGCCAACCGCCCAGAAGCUGGCCGACGAAAUCCUCCAGCAGCGUUCAGAGAUCAACCAAAUUCCUGGUGCUCCAGACCCGACUGCUGGGGCUUCGGCGGACGACGAGCACUCGUGGCAUCUAGACGAAGAACAAGUGUGCGAGCAAGUCAAAUCUUACCUGUCGCAAGGGGGGUACUACAACGCCAACAAACAACUCAACUCGUUGUUCUCGAAGGUGCGCGAGAUGUUGCGUGCCCAGGACUCAAACGGCGCGAGGAUGUUGACGUUGAUCACCGAGCAGUUCCUUUCCGAUCCCAGGUUGCAAAUGUGGCGUAACCAAGGUACACCAAUGACUGAUAAAUGUAGGCAACUGUGGGAUCAGCUGGGUUCGUUGUGGGUGUGCAUCGUACUAAACCCCAAUUGCACACAACACGAAAAACAGCAGUGGAAGUUGUUGCUGGAAAAGUGGACACUGAUCGAUGUGUGUCCGCCGGAAGAUCCAGACUUUAGGUUACAGGAGAACCACUCGCAUAGGGAUUCGUACGUUAAUAGAGAUAGAGACAGAGAUAGGGAUCGGUAUUACCAGGAUCGGGAUAGGGAUAGGUACGCGGAUAGAGAACGUGAUAGGAGAGAUCGACGGGAUCGCGACAGGGAGAGGGAAAGAGACAGGAAUAGGGCAGCUUAUGAUUCGUCGGACAGUUCGGAGGAUGACGACGACGGCGAUAGUUCUUAUAGUCCUAGGAAUAGUAAACGUUUACGAUUAUCAGGGAGUCAUUCUAAGUCAAGCUUACCAGCGUUACCAAGGACAAUUUUUCAUAGGGCAUUAGAUGCGGUAGGCAUGUCUUGGGAUAACAUGCAUUUAAAAAACAUUCUAUCUAGUGAUACUUAUUGUUCACAUGUUCCUGACACUACGAGUUCCGGCAGUUUUAAUUCUCAAGGCCAACCCCUGUGGCACGAACCGAUACCGCUCUGCGCUGCCCGAGUGGACUCUCUCCGUUCCCACGGUCACAUGGAAGCCGCCUUGCGACUCGCCGUCUCCGUGGUGCGCACCAUGAAGCAACAACAGCUGGUGGCUCAGCGCCGUUGGCACGAGAGCCAACAAGCCAGCAGUAGCAGUAGCAAUAAUGGCAAAUGUCAGCCUAGUUGCAAGACGACGCCGUGCACCUCCAGGUGCACGGGUCAGUGCAACAACCACUCAUGUUCCACCACGUCGAUCACCGCCCCCGCAAACACGGACUGUUGGGUGGGCCACCCCCUCGACCCCAUCGGCUGCCUCUUCGACACCCUGGCCGACGCCUCCGUCAUCCCCGACGACCAAAGGCCCCGAACGCCGAGCUAUCUAGACAUAGUAGGAAUGGAAGAACAACACAAUAACAUACGGCCUAGGUAUCACCACGUGCCCGUCGUGGGCUCGAGAGACCGCUCGGAGACCUACCUAACGCUGGCUUUCGAAGUGGCCUUGAUCGGUUUGGGCCAGCAGCGGAUCAUGCCGGUGGGGCUGUACGCUCAGGAGAAGGCCUGCAAGCAGGAGGACCGUCUCAUAGCGAAGCUGCAGGAAAUCGAGCUCGACAAUAGUCUGAUCGCGGUGCUAAGGCGGCAAGCGAUUAUUCUUCUGGAAGGGGGGCCGACGAGUGGCUUGGGGAUCGGGAUUCACCCGGAGAGCAUCCCCAUGCACACUUUCGCGAGAUUUUUGUUCUUGUCGUUGUUGAGUUGUUAUCCGGAUUUGGCUUACGAGGUCGGGUUGAGGGCUAUGCGGUUGCCGUUGUUGGAAGAACACGAGGAUUCGGACGAUCCGCUGGGUGGGAACGCGAGCAGCUCGUUGAUGAUGAGCAGGUCGCCGAGGUGGUUCACGUUGGGGCACAUCGAAACGCAGCAGUGCACGCUCAGUUCGACGAUGCUCAGUGCGGCAAAAGGUGAAGUGAUGAGGUUAAGAACGGUCCUAGAAUCUUCCCAAAGGCAUAUCCACAGUUCUUCCCAUUUGUUUAAACUUGCUCAAGAUGCGUUUCGGUUUGCGACCCCGGAGAACGGCCCAAGGCAUCCGACUCUACUAAGUGUAGCUUUCGAGCUGGGUUUGCAGGUGAUGAGAAUGACCCUGUCGUCGUUAAAUUGGCGGCGCCGAGAGAUGGUGCGGUGGCUCGUGACCUGCGCCACCGAAGUCGGAGUGGACGCCCUAAUUUCAAUCAUGCAGAAUUGGUACCAGUUCUUCACAGCAACUGAAGCUACCGGUCCUGUCGCGACAACAAUCAUGUCUCACAGUACCAUAAUGCGUCUUAAUCUUAGCUUUAGUCAACAAGAAGAAUUGUCUGGUUGUGCGCGAACGCUCGCUUUGCAAUGUGCAACUAAGGACCCUCCAAAUUGUGCCUUGAAUGCCCUGACGUUGUGUGAGAACGAAGCCAUGGCCUUCGAAACCGCUUACCAGAUCGUCGUCGACGCCGCCUCCCACAUUAUGACCUCCUCGCAGCUGUUCACCAUCGCGCGGUAUAUGGAGCACCGCGGCUACCCUACCAGAGCCUAUAAACUUGCCAUGUUGGCCAUGAAGAACGUACAUCUCGCCUACAAUCAGGACACCCAUCCAGCAAUAAACGACAUCCACUGGGCGUGCGCCCUCAGCCACUCCCUGGGGAAGACCGAACUGUCCAACAUGAUCCCGCUUCUGGUGAAGAACGUGCAGUGCGCCACCGUGCUGUCCGACAUCCUGCGGCGGUGUAGCAUGACCGCCCCCGGCAUCUCGUGCUCGCACCCGCCGCCGCUCGAGACCGGCAAGCACCAUUCCCACCCCCACCGGAGUCGCAGCUGCGCGCCCGGCAUCAAGCCGCUGUCGUACGACCGGCCGCCGCUGCGCCAGCUGCUGGAGGCGGCCGUCGCCGCCUACAUCAACACCACUCAUUCGCGGCUGACGCACAUCUCGCCGCGGCACUACGGCGAUUUCAUAGACUUCUUAACGAAGGCCAGGGACACGUUCGUCCUGGCGCACGACGGGCAUGCGCAGUUCACCCAGUUGAUCGAGAACAUGAAGGUGGCGUAUAAGGGAAAGAAGAAGUUGAUGUUUCUGGUGAAGGAGAGGUUCGGCUGAUACACGAAAAAGUGAUACAUGUAGUGUGCGAUCGUCACAAUCUUGUUUGUAUCAGCUCUGAGCGACUGUACUGUAUGUAGCGAAGCUUCGAUUUUUUUUUAUCUAUUUCUCUCUAACUUCAGUAGCCUAAUGUAACCGGACAAUAUUCACGAGAUGAGAUUUUUUCUGUGUUAAUUUAUUGACUGUUACUCCCCUUGAACAGACUGAUUUAUAUUGUUUACGGGCAACCGCGUCAAACUUCACGCUGGUCACGUGAUAAUCAUAAUUAUGUGUAUAUUUUCUAAGUAGUAGGUAAGGACAGAGGUCAGUUUGAUGUUUGACGGGUUGCGCUGGAUCUCAGUUGUCUUAUAGUAUUAUUAUUUUUUUUUUAUUUUGUAUAUUUCGUCGUAGCAUUUUUGUCGCCGUUUCGUUCCCCCCUUCAGCAUCUUCUCUCAUUAUUUAAUGUUAUACUUGUUUACCAAAGAUUGUUGUUUGUAUAGUAUUUAUGUACAUAUACCGUAAGAGAUAUAGUCUCAUUAGUUGAAGUGAAAGCAUCCUUGUGGUACCGUUUUUUACGUCGUGUGUUCUAUAUUUAUUUGACGCCGUUCAAGCGAUGCUUUCCACAAUUACAAGGUAAAUGCUUCCUGUUAUAUUUAUAUGAUACAGUAUCGAUAAGUACAAAAUAACUCUAAAAAAGCAGUCGACCAAGCUGUAGCGCAAUGUCAGCUGUCAUUCCAUAAGCUACCUCUCCAAGCUAACCUAACAUUCAACUGCGCUUCGUUUUGUUUUUCGGGUUGGAUGUUUUCAACUUGACUGAAUUCAUAUUGAUGAAAAUCAAAUGACAUGCUUGGCUCCACAUUUUCAAAAAAAUUAAAGUUGAACGUCGUUGCCGGAACAACUUGUUUUGAUUGUUUUUUCGUGUCUGUGAUUGAAUCUUUUAAUUUAACUAUUUUGUUCGUCCAGUGCCACUAAGUAAAUGAGUUAUCGAAUUUGUGUGUUAUUUUUUAUUUUGUAUUUAGGAAAUGUAUAUAUCAACUUGGCCAAAUUGGUACACGUUCCAUUCCGAUGAAAAUAAUUUUAUAUAAUUCGUUGUUGUAUUGUGUUUUUUUUGUGUAUAAUACUGAUUAGGAAAGUGUACAUAUUGCCAAAAAUAACUUAGUUCAUUAUUUGUUAAAAAGCAAUUAUGCAUUGAGUCUGUCUGUGUAUUAAUAAUUUAUGAUUAUUUUUAUGAUAAUAAAAAUAUUUGUAAAUGAGAA